UCUCUCUCUCUCUCUCUCUGUCUCUCUCUCUGUCUUUCUUUCUCUCUGGACAAGACUCUAGAAUAAUUGAAAUCCGUGAACUUUUUACACUUUUGAUCGCGGGAAUGGUUACAAAGUCGUCUCUGUUUUGUAAGAGCCAUUCGCAACGAUUCGCUUCGGAAUCUUUUUUAUCUCUUUUCUUUUUCUCUGUUUUUUUUUUUUUUUUUUUUUUUCCCCUUUGCAUCCUCUUCUCCACGUAAACUGGCAACGUAAGCGUGUUCGUACCAAUGCCAUUGGGAGUCUCUCGGACUAGUGUUGAGACCUGCGCCAGUGUACGUCAGCGAAACAUAAUGCGUUACGCUCGACGAUUUUACAUUUUGAAUGUAAUGGCAUUUGAAUAAUGCCGAAAUUCAUUUGUGAAACGAUAACUGUGAGAACGAUAUCAAGAUUUAUUAUUCGAAAUCACGUCCUAUCAAUAUUCGGCCAAAUGUAACGAUUUAUAUGAUUCUAAGGCAUAAGGAUGUCAAAGCGACUCAGCUUCUAUGGUCUGGUUGGACUGGCGUCCCUCUGCAUCUUCUUCCUCGCAUUUAAUCAGCGCUACAGCAGCUAUCUUGAGCAUCGACUACAGCCGGUAUUAUCGGUCAGUAAUUAUUCGGAGGUGGGGAUUGCUCUUAAUCGAGUCACGCCAAACACACUCUUUUGGACGGACGUUGAAAUAAGGCCAAGGAUCGUCAGGAUCCAAGAAUCUGUAACGACAUACAUCAAAGGUUCAAACGACAAUGCCACGAUCAUCGAAAUACAAGAAGUCUUAGAUCAACAAAGAAGAGCCAUAGAAAGGGAGAUGCAAAAUUAUGAGUAUCCCAAUGGAAAAUAUGGUCUCAAUAUUAGUAAAUUGGACGACUUAGUUAUGGAGAAAGAUGGUACUCCAAUGAGAAGUAUAAUUUUGACAAGUUGGCGAAGUGGUAGCACAUUCCUUGGCGAUGUCAUAAAUGCACAUCCAGCAAAUUUCUAUCAUUACGAGCCAUUACUUGAUUUUGGAAUUGUACAAAUCAGAGGUCCACCACUUGCAGAGGAAGCACUUCAAAAUAUUGAAUCCUUGUUAAAUUGCAAUUUUCACAAUCUUGAUAGAUAUUUAGAAUAUGGGAAAACUCAUCCAUGGGUCUUCAAUCACAAUACACAUUUAUGGCGUCAAUGUCAAAUACAUAAAAAGAUCUGUUGGGAUUCGCGUUUCGUUUCAAAAUUUUGUCAAUUAUUUCCAUUUCAAUCGAUGAAAUUAGUACGUUUAAGAUUACGUGCGGCAGAAGAUCUUUUAGCUAAAAAACGUUUAGGGAUAAGAUUGGUAUUGUUGGUACGUGAUCCACGAGGAAUUUUACAAUCAAGAAAGCAUAGAGAAUGGUGUCCUACCAGUCCAGAUUGUUCAGAUCCAGCUUUGGUCUGUGCUGAUAUGGUUUCAGAUUUCAGUGCUGCAGUACGUUUGAUAAAAAAAUAUCCACAUUCUUUCAGGGUGGUGCGAUAUGAAGAUCUAUCAGUAGAACCGUACAAAUAUGUGAAGGAACUUUAUACAUUUUACGGUUUGGAUUUCCAUCCUAAUGUAAAAAGAUUUUUAGAUACUCAUACAAAAAGUGACGUUGGUGGUGUAUCGAGUACAUUUCGUAAUUCCAAAGUAGCCCCAUUUCAUUGGAGAACCGAUUUAGAGUUCGAAGAAGUUGAUGAAAUUCAAAGAGUGUGCGGAUCUGCUAUGAGAUUAUGGGGAUACGUUGAAGCAAUUAAUGCUACUCAUCAAAAAGAAUUUGAUCCUAUUACGGAAUAUCAACUACAAUUGUGACAUCUAAUGUAUAGAAUAUUUCCAACUGAUAUGGUGUACAGUACAGUAGUAUAAAAUAUCGAGACUAUAAGAAUUAGUUAUUUUGAUUACGUGCAGCACAUCGAGAUCAUCGAGUAUGGUACACAAUUCGUGAAAAUAAUAUUCAUGAUGGAUGGUGUUCCAUAGGGACAUAUACUCAGGAAUAUAGUAACAACAUACCACCUGUGAAUAUUUCAAUAUUCAACUAUCGUAGUUAGAAAAUUUUUUCAAUUCUGGAUAUAUUUAAUCUGAGAAGACCAAUGGUGAUGCCGUUCCUCAAUAAAAAUAAUAAUAAAAAGAAAAAAAAAAGGAAAAAAAAGGAGAAAAAAAAGAAAAAAAAAAAAAAAGAAAAAUGAAAAGAGAAAACAGAAAACAAGAAAAAAAGUAAUAUAAUAAUAAUAAAAGUCUCUUUAGAAGUAUUGCGCCAAUGCGAAGAACAAGAAUAAUUUGUUGUAGGUUUUAAAUGAUUGAAUUUGUUAGGUCGUAUAAAUAUACCUAACAACACAUUUUGACACAAAAAAGAAAAACGAACUAUAAUAUCUACUCAUAUCAGUGAAUCUCUAGUUAAAUUAUCAAAAUUUGUAUGACCCUCUCUGGAGAGCCAUUUCUUAGAUACGAACAAGAAAACUAACUAUUAUAACGCUUAUAUCAAAUAUUUUAUGAUAAAAGCUGAUUUUCUUUGUAUUUUAUUUUUUUUAUUUUUUUAUUUUUUUUUUUUUUUUUUGUAAUAACCUCAUGUAGGUCACAAAAGACAUAUUUACAUAAAAUAUAACAUACGUCAUAUUAUAUACACAAAAUGAUUCAUAAUUCUAUUUGAUUGAUUUAAAAAAAAGAAAAAAAGAACAAUAAAACAAACAUUCACACAUAUGUGUAUAGUUCAAACUCACGAUAAUACUCCAUUUCAUUUUUCACAAGUUCUCUUUUUAUAUAUGUAUAUAUAUAUAAAAAAUAAAAAAAUAUAUAUAUAUAUAUAAAAAAAUAAAAAAAAAAGCCUAGUUGAAAAAUGCUGUGAAAUACUAUAUAUACACACAAAUACACACACACACACACACACACACACACAUACACAUACACAUACACAUAUGAUAAACUAAUAAUGUAAAUUUUAAAAUAUAUUCGAUUCUGGCAAAUUAGUUGAUAAGACAAUUUUCGAAGUUUUACACAAUAUACAUAUUGUUACAUUUGUAAAUCUAACUGCGAAUUAAUUUAAUCGACUACUUAUGGAUCUGGUUUAUAAAUCUCGAGAAUUGACCAAUGACCGUGCUUAUAUAUAUAUAUAAAAAAAUAAAAA